UUUAAACAAACAAAUCCACCUUCAUUUCCAAACCCCGGCGCUUCGCCAAUGGAAAUUUUAGUCAUUUCAUUUCACGUUAUCUCUCCCCCUUCUAUUUCCUGUCCCAAACGCACACAACCAUUUGCUGUUUUGCCUCCUUCCUUCCUACCUUCCCUCCCUACGAAGAAGAAGAAGAAGAAGAAGAGAGAGAGGGGGAUGGAAGUGGAGGCGGAGUUGCCGGAGGACUUCCGGUGCCCGAUAUCGAUGGAGGUGAUGACCGACCCGGUGAUCCUCUCCUCCGGCCACACCUUCGACCGCGCCUCCAUCCAGCGCUGGCUCGACUCCGGUAACCGCACCUGCCCCCUCACCAACCUCCCACUGCCCUCCUCCCCCUCCCUCAUCCCCAACCACGCCCUCCGCAGCCUCAUCUCCAACUUCCUCUCCCUGCGCCCCGCCGCCGCCGCCGCCGUCACCGACGACGCCUUGCUCCUCGCCCGCCUCUCCUUCCCCUCCGACACCCCCUCCCUCGCCGCCGUCCUCCGGCUAGCCCAGCACGGGCGACACGCCGCCCGCCGCCUCCUUGCCGACUCAGGCGCCGCCUCCGUCCUCCUCCGCCACGCCGCUGCCCCCGACCGCCCCGACCUCCAAGAGCUCUCCCUCCACGCCCUCCUCCACCUCUCCCUCGACGGCGACGACGCCCGCGUCGGCCUCGUCGCCGAGGGCGCCCUCGACCCCCUCGUUGCCGCUCUCCGCGGCGGCUCCGGCUCGUCCGCCGCCGCCCUCGCUGCCACGCUCCUUACCAGCCUUGCUGUCGUAGAGGUCAACAAGGCCACCAUCGGCGCCCACCCCGCAGCGAUUCCCCGCCUCGCCGCGCUCCUCCGUGAAGGCGGCGGUCGGGAGCGGCGGGAGGCGGCCACGGCCCUCUACGAGUUGUGCAAGUUCGCCGAGAACAGACGGCGGACCAUCCGUGCUGGUGCCGUGCCACCGCUCCUCCGCCUCGUCAGCGAGGGCUCGGAGAGGGCAGUGCGGGUCCUGGGCCUCCUAGCCAAGUGCCGUGAAGGGAAGGAAGAGAUGAGGAAGUUGAACGGAUUUGUUAGGGUGUUGGCUGAGGUGGUAAGAGCCGGAAGCCCCAGAGCCAUUGAACACGCCCUCCUGGUGCUGAAUUUGGUGUGCUCAGAUAGCAAAGUUAUGGCCGUCGAGGCCACUGAAGAAGGGGUUUUGGAUCUCUGCUCGAUUUUGUCCGGAGAUGUGAAUCUGAAGACUAGUAAGAACGCCAUGGAGUUGGCUCUGAUCCUUAAGAAGGGGCUAUUUGUUGGCUAUUCAUGAACAGGAGUUUAUCUCUAUCAUCACUGUCUUGCUCUGUGAAAUGGGUCAUGCCGGCAAACAUUAGGUUAGUGAAGCUUUAUGCUUAAUGGGUUUCUUUAGUUCAUCUCUCACACCUGCUGUAAAAAAGUCAUCUUUAAAUCCUUUCUCAGUUUCUGCUAGAGCUUCUGCUUCCUAGUCUUGGAAUAGUUUAAGGAAUAAUUAGCCUUGUUUAUACCAAAAAGUUUGUUAAUUGUUAGCUGAAUCUAUGAUCCGUUAAUGAAAUUCCAAUCAGAUAGUCCA